AUGGCCGCGGCGUUGCGCCGCCGCUCGGUGCCGUCGCCGCGCGUCCUCCGCACCGCCAUGCAGCGCCCCGCGGGUCCUCCAUCGCGGCCGGGCAGCCCCGAGGGGGCGGAGGGGGGUGGCUGGCUGAGCGCGCUGCGCUUCGACAACCUGGCGCUGCGCUCGCUGCCCGUCGACCCUUCCGAGGACGGCGCUCCGCGGGCCGUGCCCGGCGCCUGCUUCGCCCGGGUGCGGCCCACCCCGCUGCGCAACCCGCGGCUCGUGGCUGCGUCGCCGCCGGCGCUGGCGCUGCUGGGGCUGGAGGCCGGCGGCCUCGAGGCCGAGCGGGAGGCGGAGGCCGCCCUGUACUUCAGCGGGAACCGACUGCUGCCCGGCUCGGAGCCCGCGGCGCACUGCUACUGCGGGCACCAGUUCGGCAGCUUCGCGGGGCAGCUGGGCGACGGCGCCGCCAUCUACCUGGGCGAGGUGCGCGGCCCGCGCGGCGCCCGUUGGGAGCUGCAGCUGAAGGGCGCCGGGAUCACCCCCUUCUCCCGGCAAGCCGAUGGUCGGAAGGUCCUGAGGUCAAGCAUACGGGAGUUCCUGUGCAGCGAGGCCAUGUUCCACCUUGGAAUUCCAACAACGAGGGCUGGAACCUGUGUGACAUCUGACUCGGAAGUUGUUCGUGACGUAUUUUAUGAUGGAAAUCCAAAAAAAGAAAGGUGUACAGUUGUUCUGAGGAUAGCGCCUACAUUUAUAAGAUUUGGUUCCUUUGAAAUUUUCAAACCUCCUGAUGAAUACACAGGACGCAAAGGUCCCAGCGUUAACCGGAACGACAUUCGGAUACAGAUGCUGGAUUACGUGAUCGGCACUUUCUACCCGGAAAUCCAGGAGGCUCAUGCAGACAACAGCAUUCAGAGGAAUGCCGCGUUCUUCAGGGAGAUAACAAAACGGACAGCAAGAUUGGUUGCUGAGUGGCAGUGUGUUGGCUUCUGCCAUGGUGUGCUGAAUACAGAUAACAUGAGCAUAGUUGGAUUAACUAUUGACUACGGCCCUUUUGGAUUUAUGGACAGAUAUGACCCUGAGCACAUCUGCAAUGGCUCCGAUAACACAGGGCGCUAUGCUUACAACAAACAGCCAGAGAUUUGCAAGUGGAAUCUAGGGAAGCUUGCUGAAGCCUUAGUCCCAGAGCUGCCCUUGGAAAUAAGUGAGCUCAUCCUGGAGGAAGAAUAUGAUGCAGAAUUUGAAAAACAUUAUUUGCAGAAGAUGAGGAAGAAACUGGGCCUAAUUCAGUUGGAAUUAGAAGAAGAUAGUAAGCUGGUGUCUGAACUGCUUGAAACCAUGCAUCUCACAGGUGGGGACUUCACAAAUAUUUUCUACUUGCUGAGUUCAUUCUCAGUAGAUACUGAUCCUUCAGGACUGGAAGAUUUCUUAGAAAAGCUUAUGAGUCAGUGUGCUUCAGUGGAAGAACUGAGAGUUGCUUUCAGACCUCAGAUGGAUCCAAGACAGCUGUCAAUGAUGCUGAUGUUGGCUCAGUCUAAUCCUCAGCUGUUUGCACUCAUUGGAACAAAAGCUAGUAUAAAUAAAGAAUUAGAACGCAUUGAACAAUUCUCUAAACUGCAGCAGUUGACAGCAGCUGAUUUACUCAGCAGAAAUAAAAGACACUGGACAGAAUGGCUGGAGAAAUACAGAGUCCGUUUACACAAAGAAGUAGAAAACAUCAGUGAUGGUGAUGCAUGGAAUACUGAACGUGUGAAGGUUAUGAACUCCAACAAUCCAAAGUACAUCUUGAGAAAUUAUAUCGCCCAGAAUGCCAUAGAAGCAGCUGAAAAUGGGGAUUUCUCAGAGGUGAGAAAUGUAUUGAAACUCCUGGAAAAUCCAUUCCAAGAAACAGAAGAUUGCACAGAGGUAGAGGAGGAAACUGCCUCUACAGCAGCUGCUUGUGCUCAAGCAACCAGAAGCAGUCUACCAUAUUGCAGUAAACCUCCACUCUGGGCUUCAGAGCUCUGUGUUACAUGAUCUUCAUAACUGCCUUGUUUUAUUCUUUGCUGUAAACUGAAGACUGUGAUCCUCCUUCAGCAGUGAAGAAUUGAGCAAGGCAUUCAUCAAAGUGCUAUUAAGUUAUUGAAACAACCCUACAUUUGGAUGCAUCUACAACAGUCUUCAGCUGUGCUUAAUUUAGAGCAGUCUUGGAUCCUUGGAACAAGCUGAUAACGCCGGGCAGUCUGUACAGAUUGUUUUUUGGUGUGUUUUGAGACUGAAAGCCUUUCCUUUAUUCAUAUCACAUUGCAGUAUUUUCUGUUGAGACACACUGACUUUUGAACAUCCAAAUGGAGUUGUUAUGUGAAGACAAAAGUAUCAAGUCAGGAAUCUGAUCUGUUUUUGUCUGAUGUCUUAACUAAUAGUACUUCUAACAUCUAUUUGCUGCUUUUUCUGUGCAGGGAUUUCUAGUCCUCUUUAAUGGAGGAAUAGAUUCAGCGAUGCUUGUUUUAAGCCACGAUUCAGUUAAUUAGUUCAUUUAUUGUGAACCUUUAGGUUGAUAUUUAAUCUUCAUUUUCAGGGAGUCUGCAGGCAGGGGUUUGAGGGGGGGAACGAACAAACGCGUGGGUUUUGUUCUUUUUUGUGUUUUAUUAUAAAUAAUACAUAAGGAGCAGAAUGAAGGGAGACUGUAUAUUUGCACAUGGAAACCUUGGUGGUGAAGUCAUUUCAGAUUCAGUGUUUACAUACAGUGUACAUGAAUGCAGAUAUUUACAAAAGCCAUGAGUGCAGUUUGUAAGCCAGUUGUAAGUCGACUCCGGCAAAUUCAGUUGCCUGAAUGAGCACCAACUGCACAGGUGACCCCAGUACUCAAACACAGGUUCCUUCUGUUGAUUUGUGUACUCUUACCACAGUUGUUCUUAAGAGAAGCACGCAGCUGGGAUGCCUGCUCACAGUGCCCAGUGAGAUGCUCCCAUUCCCACUGUGGUCUUGUGCAUCUUACUCUGCUUCUGUGGCUUUGGAGAGUUUUUACACUGUAAGGAGAGGAAGGUGCUGUUUAAGGAAUGCACUACUUGAGCACUGUGUAAAAAAGAGGAGGAUGGGAGCUGACUUGCUUGAAAAUGCAUUGAUAGUAUUUCAGUGGGUUUCAUUUGAGAUUUUAGGGGAAAAUCAGCAAAAAUGAAAGAAGGUCCCAAGUUAAGGGUUUGACUGAGCUUUCUGAACUUGCUUCUAAAGGGCUCUGGCUCACAUAUCCUUGUGCAAGUCUGAUGUAGUACAAAGGUUUCUCUUUUCCAAGGAGGCCACUGUCUUCCACUGUGAGUUUAUGGGCUGUUUAGGAAACACUCUUUGCCCCUGUACAGGACAGGUAUUAGCUCAGGUUGAAAUGAGCUCUUCUAGGUCUUCCUCAAAUCAUGAGAAAGCUGAGCUGCUGCUUGUCCAGUUCUGCUAUUAGCAGUAUCAGUUUGUUCUUGUUGCCACAGCAAACAGGAGGUGUUUUGAAUGCAGACAUGAAUUCUGCCUUGCCUUUGACUUAGAGAAGCUGAUGCUAAGUAAUGUCUGGCAAAUGAGAAUCUGACAAACACAGCACCUCCUGUGACAUCUCAGAGUCCUUACUGAAAAGGGUAAAUGUAAAGAAGUGUUUGUCCAAUCUGGGGCAGAAUGGUGCAUUUGCAAGAGGAUGUGCCUUGAAGAAGGCAGCAAUAAUGUGGGGGCUGGAGUGAAUGAUCCCUUCCAAGUCUGUGAUUCUGUAAUACUUGCUGGUGCAGCUGGUUAAAGAAAUCCAUUUCUGUAGGAGUUUGACUGCUGAAGUGUCUGUCAUCAGACGUUACCCUUCACUGAACUUGGGGACUUCUGAAACCAUCUCAUGGAAACUCUUACUGCAAGGCAGUGUUGGGUAAAGACUGUGCUGGGGGGAUGGCCAGGGAAAUGUGCUGGCAGUUGAAAGACAUCUCAAGCAUACUCAUGGCAAAUUUGCAGAACCAGUGAUCUCUUAUGCCAGGAGGAAUUAAUAGGAAGGGAAAAAAAAAAAAAGUUGCUCACAGUGAUCUUAACUGUGUGCUCAUUUUUUUCUCAAUUUAUAUUUUGGGAGGCAGAAAGGAGCACUGUUGUGGUGGAGCUCUGCUUAAGCUGUUGACUUUAACAAAGUGGCCUGUAGUAAUGAUUUUAAACCAUACCUCAGGGAUUAUAGCACUGUAUUUGGACACAGGAGAUGUUGAAUUAACUACUGAAUUAAUUUCCAGAUAAAGAAGCACAUUGAUUUGCUGUUGUAACACCAAAGUCAUGGAGAAAGAGAGGGAGAUACUUUGAAAUAGCAAAUUUAUUCUUAAAAAGGGGUGCCAGAUGUAAAAGUGAAGAAUGAAAAUGUGGGGUACAUUUCCCACUAAUUGCAUUCUUAAGUGAGAAUCAAGUACAAGAGGAUUGGAAGGCUUGAAGUCACGACUGGAGAACAUUCAUUGUGUGGCUGCUUUGGUGUGUGCCACCUAAAGCUGUGUCUAAUAAAUACCCCAUGCUCACAACUGUGAGUGUGCUCCCCAUGUUUCUGCCAGGGUUGAGCUGUUGGCGUUGAACUGCUUGGUUUCUCAGUGCAUGCAAUAAUACUGAUGCUCUGGAUUGGAAUAAAAGUGACCAAGCCAAAUAGAAUCUUGUGAUCUUCCAGCACCUUCAUUCCAAAAGGUAAAUGUUUCAGCUCAUCGAUGGUCGCUUUGUUCUGUUCCCGGAGCAGUGUGAGAGUGGUGGCUUGUUAAGGACAAUUCAACUCAGUUCUUAGCUAACUUAAUCUUCUAGGUCAGCUCUCCAGAGAGAAGGAAAUACGGCUUGUAACAUUUGAGAGUCUGAAUAUUUGAAUCAAAAAUCACUGCUUGUUUUUUUUUUAGAGCUCGUCUGUGCUGUACUUAGGCCUGAGAAUAAUUAUUUCUAACCAGAUAUUCUGCUUAUAUAAAAAGACUUUUAGGCUCAGAAUGAACUUGUGACUUUUCAACACCAACAGUGUUCUUUGGAAACCCUUUGGUUGCACUUUGGUCCUCUGCCUGUACAACCUGACCUGCCAUUGCCUGAAAGCAGAUGGCACCCAGGGGACCAGGAGCCUCACAUUCCCGUGGGCUCCUCUCGUGACUGAGAUCUCACCAUCACUGCUUCCUGAACUUGUAGAACUACAAUUGCUUGAUGUUUGACCAUCGGUGUUCUCUUGGCAAUGCUUUUGUUUGUUUCUCUUCAGACAAAUGCUGCUGUCUUUAAUUCUUUUAUUAAAAAAAAAAAAAAAAUC